AUGGUUACCUGCAAUGAAACACAUGCCGUCAUCAUUGCUUUGCAGAAAAAGUUCUUCACCGGCAAGGAUAUUGCUGCCAGGAAGAUUGGGGCGGAGCUUCUGGAGAAAACACAGAGGAAGUACUUAACCAAGACUCCCAGCAAGAUCACCAAGUCUACUGCUCAAUGGGGAGAGUUUGCGCUGCAAGCCAGGAACACAACAGCACCGUGCACCUAUGUGUGUUUCAUCGUGACAGCCCUGGGAGUGACAGCAGGGGUCCAUCGGCUGUGGAGCCACCGCUCCUACAGAGCCAAGCUCCCUCUCAGAGUCUUCCUCGCAGCCGCAAACUCCAUGUCCUUCCAGAAUGACAUCUAUGAGUGGGCAAGAGACCACCGUGUGCACCACAAGUUCUCAGAGACAGAUGCAGACCCCCACAAUGCAACACGAGGCUUCUUCUUUGCUCACAUUGGCUGGCUGUUUGUGCGUAAACACCGUGAUGUCAUCGAGAAGGGAAAGAAGCUGGACGUUACUGACCUCUUGGCUGAUCCCAUCGUCCAGUUUCAGAGGAAGUACUAUAAGACCACGGUCCUGAUAAUGUGCUUCCUGGUUCCCACUGUGGUUCCCUGGUACUUCUGGGGCGAGACACUGUGGAACUCCUACUUCCUGGCGUCCAUCUUGCUUUACACCGUCUCGCUCAAUGUCACCUGGCUGGUGAACAGCGCCGCCCACAUGUACGGGAACCGACCGUACGACCAGAACAUCAGCCCCCGGGAGAACCACUGGGUCACCUUCGGAGCCAUCGGUGAAGGUUUCCAUAACUUUCACCACACAUUCCCCUUUGACUACUCUGCCAGUGAGUUCGGGCUGCGUUUCAACCCCACCACAUACUUCAUCAAUCUCAUGUGCUGGAUGGGCCUGGCCAGCAACCGCAAGAAGGCAUCCGUGGAAAUAAUACAGGCCAGGAAAUUAAGGACAGGGGGUGGUAGCUACGGGCCAGUCAACACUAGACAAGAGAAAGAAACAUGA